AUGGCAACAGCUUAUCAGGAGAAAAUGUAUAGGGAGAAGCUCCCAUGGCAGCAAGUAUUGAGUUUGAGCUCUGCCAACUUCAGCCAGGCCGUCAUGCUUACGACUCCCUUCACGAUCGGCGUCUUCAUGGUUCGCGAUUUCCGGGCCGCCAGGCACGGUGGGCGCGAGGAGGAGGUUGACGAGCAGGUGGUGGGCCGCUUGACUGGCCUGCUGGCGGGCAUUUUCUCCUUCUCAUCCUUCCUGACAGCCUAUGCAUGGGGUUGCGCGUCAAACUAUAUCGGCCGCAAGCCAGUCAUAAUCAUCGGCAACGCGGUGUCCUUCGUCAGCAUCCUGUGGUUCGGGCUGUCCGGCAGCUACGGCACCGCGCUGGCCGCCAGGGCCUUUGGAGGCUUCCUGAACGGCAUCUUGGGGUCCUGGAAGUGCAUGAUCGGCGAGUCCACGGAUGUGUUGCUUCAGGGGAAGUUCUUCGGCUACAUGAGUCUGGCCUGGGGCCUGGGCUGCAUUGCGGGUCCGGCUCUGGGGGGGGCCUUCUCGCGGCCGUGCAGCAGACUGCCCCACCUGCCGCUGUGCGAGGAGGGGCAGCUGCUACGAGCUAGGCCGUACUUCCUGGCCUGUACGGUUGGCAGUCUCACCAUCCUGGCGGCCCUGCUGCUCUCCGUGUUCCUCCUGGAGGAGACCCUGUCCCCGAGCCUGAGGGAGAGGGGACUGCUGGCGGCGAUGAGGAAGAGGAGGGAGAGGCGACGGCAGCGUGCGCGCCGAAGAUGGCUGAAACACCGGCAACAGCCGGGUGCGCAACCGGAUACGGAUUCGGAAUAUGAAUCAGAGUCAGAUUUGGUUUCCAGGUGCUCGGACACUGGUUUCGAAGCGGGCAAGGAUACACGCGGUCCCCGGCGCAAGCUGCUUUUGAAGUGCGGUGGUGGCUGCAGUGCUGCUGUUGACAGCGGUGGCCUCCGGGGCGGUGUUAAGGCGUGGAGGUGGCAGUGGUGGCGGCAGCGGGUGCAGCCGCAGGAAGGGGCGGUGGCGGUUCGCGACGUCGAGUUCUGUGAGACGGCAUCCUUGGUGGCGAUUGGGACGCACCGCCACAUCAUCACAGCCACAUCCGAUUCGAACUCCGACUCGGACUCUGUCGGGAUCGGAGUCCGGGACCCGCCGGGUCGGCAGUCCCGCCUAAUGGCGGAACCCACACACCCACCCGGACCGCAACCACCCGCCAACUCGCUUCACGUCUCCGGCCCCACAGCAACAGCAGCGGACAUAUUAUCGUGCGGUGAUGGCGGCGGUGGUGGUGGUGGUGGUGAUGAUGACACUAAUGGUGAAACUCACCACCAUCGGCAGCAGCUCUACCGUUACCACCAGCACCUCGAUCGCAAUCAUGGCCACCACCGUCACCGUGUCGCCGACGCCGACGCCGACGCCGAUAGCGAUAGCGACGUCAGCCGUACACCACCCCAGUUGCGGCUGCAGGCGGUACUGCGCCUGGCAUCCCGCACCUACAUCGGCAUCAACCCGUUUGCAAGGAAGUCCUCUGGGAGACGGUCCGAACCCUGUUGCUCCGAAACCGCGGGGGAGUCUCCGCUCUAUCGCCCUGCCGCCACCUCGGCUCCUGCUGCUCUUACUGCUACUGCUCCUAGAGCUACCGAGGAUGCUACUGCUGCUACUGUUGCCGCUGGCUCCGCCGGUGCUGUCGAGAUGCAAGGCGGCUGCAGCCGCGGUGGCGGCGGUGGCAGUCGUCGAAGUUCCUGCUGCGGAGGCGAUAGGGGCGCUAGGGGCGCUAGGCAUGUGGACAGCCCCACGGCGGCUCGACGGAGUCAUGGGGGCCCCUGCGGCCCGGGUGGCGCCCCCGGCGACCUGACACCGGCGGAUGACCCGACCGCCGUCAACUGCCAUCCCGUGGUGCCACAACCCCCGCCCCAGUCACUGCAACCGCUCCAACCGCCCCAACCUCCAGUGGCAGAUGCCGCUGAUUCCUUGCUCACUGCCGCCUGUCCAACCUCCGCUUCCAGGCAGUUGCAGUCGCAGUGUCAGGUUUCGGAGGAGCCAGGACUGACACAUGACGGGAUGUGCCUCAGACGGAACGCCCCUCUGAGCACUUCCCCAGAGACGGAGGUUGCCAGCUGUCCAGGGAGGGCUGUCGCAGGUAGCGGUGGCGGCGGCGGUACGGAGCCCUGCGAGCGGCCGCGAGGAAGCCAAACCGGAGAUGGAGGUAGUGGUCGAGGUAACGGUGGUGUUGGCUGCUCUCUUGCCGCACUGCCGGAGGAUCAUGAGAGUCUACUGCAGGGAGUUGCAGCGCGCUUGAGGACUGGGGAUGAGGGGGGCGGUGGUGGUGACGGGAACGGUAGGCUCGUCCCGCCAGUGCCUAGCAAGCAGUCCAUAAGGCCCGAUGAGCCGCCUGAAGGAGGUGAUGACGCCCCUGUGGGCUACCCGGAGAACGGGGAGCAGCAGAAGGGGCACCAGCAGCAGCAGCAGCAGGUGGUGGUGGUGGCAGUGGAGGAGCAGGAUGGGCCGAAGCGGCUAUUGCCCUGGUACCGUUACCCCCAGGUUCUCCUAACCGUCCUGGGGUACGGAGCCACCGCACUCAUAUUCUGCGCCAUUGAUGAGCUGUUUCCCAUAUUCGCAUCAGCGCCCAGGUCGUCGGGCGGUCUGGGCUUGCGUGAAGAGCAGAUCGCGCCACCACUCAUGUUCUUCGGCGCCGUACUUAUGCCGUACAGCCUGUACGGCUAUCCCCCUCUUCAGCGUCAUGUGGGCACGCUGCGCCUGACCCGUGUGGGUUUGCUGGCGAGUGUGGUGGCGUGUCUCAUGAUACCCCUGGUGGCGGACCUGUGGACCGCCAGUGUGGCGUUUGCACAGGUGUUUCUGUACCUGGCCAUGGUGGUCAAGGCCUUUGCCCAGUGCAGCGCCUUCACGGGCUCCAUCAUCGCAGUGAACGCCGCCCCAGCCCCCGAGCAGCUGGGGCCGGUCAACGGGGUGGGCCAGACCCUGGCGGCGCUCGUUCGCGGCGUUGGUCCGGCACUAGGGGGCCUCUUGUGGGCGGUGUCGCUGGGGCUGCACUCCCCGGGGCAGCAGUUCCUGACCUUUGGAUUGAUUGCGGCCGUGGCGGCGGCUAAUUAUUGGCUGUACGGCUUUGUACGACUACCCAACAUGCGGUGA